CGUUGCGUUGUAUAUGUCCACAGUGAAUGACACAUACGCGUCUGCUAACAAAUUAUCAACAAUGACGGUCUUUGGCUGCUCAAUAAGGCAGUUGAAGUAGUCGAUUGGAGUUCGUUCAUCGACUGUGGUCGUUGCUGAUCCUGUUGUACAAUCGUGCAAUGUGAAAGUAAAAGUACGACUACGUCAUAUCGCGUCGUCGACAAUUUUACUCUCUGAAUUCGAUAUUUAGUGGUUGUGUCUUAACAUUCCACGAACAACAAAGCAGCAGACCACAACAACAGAUAUGGAAGGAGACACAGCAGAGAAUUCUGGCAGCACCUUAGAUAGAUCCGAGGACGAAAUAGCUUUGCAAGGAUGCUGCAGCCCCAAGAAAGCACCUUACCGAUUUUUAGGCUUGGCGCUCAUGUGUCUGCUUGGAUUUGGGUCAUACUUUUGUUUUGACAAUCCCGGAGCAUUACAAGACAAUUUCAAAGAUGAUUUAGGAAUGUCCACUAGCAAAUUUGUAUUACUCUACUCUAUAUAUUCUUGGCCGAAUGUUAUACUUUGCUUCAUCGGUGGAUUCUUAUUAGACAGCGUCUUUGGAAUUCGAUUGGGUACUGUGAUAUAUAUGACGCUUACUUUGAUUGGCCAGAUUAUUUUUGCAAGUGGUGCCAUGAUUGAUGCAUUUUGGCUGAUGAUGCUAGGUCGAUUUGUUUUUGGAAUCGGUGCGGAAUCGUUGGCAGUUGCCCAGAACAGUUAUGCAGUUCUUUGGUUCAAGGGCAAAGAAUUAAAUAUGGUGUUUGGACUGCAGUUGAGCUUUGCGCGAGUAGGCUCUACUGUGAACUUUUUGGUAAUGGAACCGGUAUACAAGUACGUAUCUCAGUACUACAAAGGUCCACAAUGCAUCGGCAUAGUUCUGUUUCUUGCUGCCGGCACUUGCGUAAUGUCGAUGAUAUGUGCUUGUGUAUUGGGUCUUAUGGACAAACGUGCCGAAAGAUUAUUACGACGUGGAGAGGGCCAGGAACCACAAGCCGUCAGUUUGAAAGACGUCAAGGAUUUUAAACCGAUCUUUUGGUUGAUCGCACUCAUUUGCAUCGCUUAUUACGUCGCAAUAUUCCCUUUUAUCGCUUUAGGAAAAGUUUUUUUCGAGAGGAAGUACGAUUACGAGCCGUCCACCGCAAAUACAGUGAAUUCUCUUGUUUAUUCGAUAUCCGCAGUAGCAUCGCCUCUCUUGGGAUAUUUAGUGGACCGAAUCGGCAAAAAUGUAUCAUGGGUGUUUAUAAGUAUUUGCGCGACUAUUCUCGCGCACGGAUUGCUCGCAUUCUCUUACUUGAGCCCCUACGCAUGCAUGGCAUUGAUGGGAUUGGCAUAUUCCAUGCUGGCCAGCAGUUUAUGGCCUUUGAUCGCUCUCGUCACGCCGGAGCAUCAACUCGGUACCGCUUAUGGCAUAGCGCAAUCUGUACAAAACUUGGGCCUUGCUGUGGUCUCGAUUUUAGCUGGCAUAAUUGUCGACAAAGGAGGAUAUCUAAUGCUGGAGAUGUUUUUCCUCGGUUGGCUCUGGGUUUCUCUGAUAACCGCCGGUGCAAUCUGGGUUUCGGACAUUGCAACAAGCGGUGGUUAUCUCAACAUGACGCCCGGACAAAGAGAACGAUAUGAGUCACUUCGAUGCACGCCUGAAAGUUUGGAACGAGAAAAGUUAUUGUCGUCGGAAUGCACGUCGGAUUUUGUGCCCGAUAAUUUGAUGCAACCGCAAUCCGAUAUUAGUAUACGAAAUCGUUAUUUGUCUCGUAUUGGUGCAAUGGUACCUCCACAUGCAGUGACGCCUAUUCAUCGACCAUUACGAUAAUGGGUUUGAUUUAGCUACAAAUUUAUGAUACAAAUAGAUGUGUAAAAGUGCUUUUAUUCUUCGUCGAAGUUUCUGCUCACUGUGUCUUCCUGUUACACACAGCUUAAUCUGUGAUAAUUUCUUAAAGCAGUCAACUUCGAAAUUUCUUUUUCACAAUUGAGAAAUAGCAUUUUAUUUAUGAGUCUCGAUUCGUACAAUUCUUAUAAUUCAUACAAUUAUGUAUUUUACAUGAAAAAAACUUUUCGUAACUCUUAUGACUAGCAUUAUAGCAUAGUUAUUCUUUCUGAAUACUAGCGAAUUACCUUUACCUCUAAUUUAGAGAACAAAUGUUGUGGGAUUACUUUUUAAUUAAUAAAAUGUGUGACAUGUACUAUAUCUUGAUGUAAUGUUGAAUAAAUGAAUGUUCGAUGCGA